UAAUACAACGUCCUCAGACGGAGUCAAUGGUUAUAUAUCAACCGAUCACCUAUCCGUCUGAUGUAGAUAGAGACAAACGUUAAACUUGGUGUACCGAAUCAAGUUGUUAUCUUUAUUGAUAAACCACUCACUCGCUUGUACGAACAUACAGGACUCCUGAAGUGAAUGGAGUAAUAUUCAGAUCAAUGAAAUCACAAUGGCCGAAGAGGACGUACAAUUUAACAAUGUUUUUGAUGCCCCUGAUGACACAGACAAUCAAAUUCCUGCCGCCGAAUCAAUAGGGAAAGAACCAGGGAAAACGACAACUGGUGCCACUGACCAUGAUACUUCUCCCGCCAAUUCAAUUGGUAAAGAACCAGGGAAAACGACAACUGGGAAUGAUGUAACACAGUUAAUUGCAACGACCGGAAACGUUAUUCCCAAUCCAUGUGAAGAUGCGGCAAUAUUCAACAAGUCACAACAGGACUCGCCCGUUGACUCGUCAGCUGGAUCACCACAAAUAUCGAAAUCUGGUGGGCCACAACAUGUGGAAACAUCGGACUCGUCCGUUUCCAACGAGUUUAAUGAGUCAUCACAGGAAGAAAAAUCGGAAUCGAACAUUAGUAGCAAGUCAGAUGAGUCAUGGCAACAUGCGGAAUCAGAAUCAGGUAUUUGCGGGAAGGCCUUGCCUUACGGACCAGAACAUAAUACAAAAUCAGAAAUGACACCUUUGGCCGAUUUUGAGCGGGCAAAAGAAGAUAAAACACUCGAGUCAACUGUUUCCAUAGAGCAUAUUAAAACACCUGACGGCAAGGCAUCAGAAACACUUAAGGAAAGAGAGAAUGUUGAAACACCUGACGGCCAGGCAUCAGAAAGACUUAAGGAAAGAGAGAAUGUUGAAACACCUGACGGCCAGGCAUCAGAAAGACUUAAAGAAAAAGAGAAUGUUGAAACACCUGACGGUCAGGCAUCGGAAACACUUAAAGAAAGAGAGAAUCUUGAAACAUCUGACGGUCAGGCAUCAGAUACACUUAAAGGAAGAGAGAAUGUUGAAACACCUGACGGUCAGGCAUCGGAAACACUUAAAGAAAAAGAGAAUGUUGAAACACCUGACGGUCAGGCAUCGAAAACACUUGAAGAAAGAAAGAAUGUUGAAACACGUGAAGGUCAGGCAACGGAAACACUUAAAGAAAAUGAGAAUGAUGAAACCCCAGAGGAUAAAUCUGCAGAGUCCAUUAGCCGUGACGAGCAAAAUAGACCACUUCACGACGCGCGGACAUUUAAGUUCCCUACACAAUCGAAAAACGAAAGGAAUCCGGAAAGCGCUGCUUCUAUGCCUCAUUUCUCUGGUGUCCGGGAAGAUGGGGUUAUGGUCAAGAAAGAUGCAGACGAUAUCACGGACAGGUUGUACCAUGAGAAGGUUAUAAGGGAAAUACAAUCGCUGAAGGAUGAAAAUUCGGAGUUUGAAAUGUGUUGCAAGAAAUGGGAACAAAUAGUCGAUGCUUCAUUCUCAAAAUUAAAAGAAACAGGAAUAAGUCAGAAGACCGAGGAAGAAUUGUAUAAUUCCCUACAAGACGAGAUAAGAAAGUAUGGAAUGCACUGCGACGUUGAAAGUGGGAAGGUUUUUGUGCUAGCAAAAAACGUUAAAGUAAUUAUUGAAGAAACCACAGUCGGGCUUGAAGUAACCCCAGCGUCAAUCAACACACUGGAGCAGGAGUUAACAAUGCUGACAAAACUGACUGAAAACAAAAAGGAACAGCACAACAACUAUUUAAAGCUGCUGAAAGACCACGACAGCAACAUGCGUCUCAGUUUUGCAGAAAAAGAAACCCAAUUGCGAAAGGAACUUGAAAGUCUCAAGGCGGAAAUGAUCGGUAAAGACAAUAAUUUUGCCGAAAAAAAAGGCAAAUUAGAGAAGGAACUUGCAAUUCUCAAGGCGAAAAUGGUUGAUACGAAAAAUAGAAUGACUGCCGGAACUAAUGAACUACAAAAAGAUAAGGAAAGGCUGGUGGCGGACAAAGACACACUAGACAAACAUUUGACAGAUAUGAGAAGCAAAUUGUCCGAGCAAGAAAAGAACCUGCAAUAUUUUGAAACAAAGUUCAAUGAGAGUAAGGUAAAGCGUAAAGAGCAGAAACAAGCUAUGAAAAACAUGUCGCAAGCAUUGGACGAAAUGGGCGCAAAGGACAUUCGGAAUCAAGGCAAAAUACAUGAUCUUGAGGAACAACUGAAGCAGCAACAGGAUGACAUUAACAAAUUGCAGAAAAUGGAGGCAGACGCAAACCACUAUUACAAUCAAUGGCAGAGGUACAGUCGGGAGUUUGAACAUUCUGCACAACAACUUCGAGAUUCUCGAGAAGCUCGGCAUCAGCUUGAACAAGAGAAGAAGGAUCUUGUUUUAAGAUUGAGCAAAAUUGCUGGCGCAAAUCUUACCUACAACAACCCAAACAUUGCUGACUUGGGAGAUCCGAAUCGUCCAACAAAACUUGCAGAAGUGUUCAGUGAGAUAUAUGAUAACGAGUGGACCGACGCAUAUGAGACUGUGAUGGAUGACGAAGAAAAGAAUAAAAUUCAAUUCAUGCUUAAGAUAUUGAAGGAUGUUGAUACAAUUUGUGAAAACGUAACAAAACGACAUGCCGAUGCAAUUACAGAUGGUUUAACACAAAUGGUUGUCAGGUUUAAAGUGAGAAAAGGCCCAACUGACCCAAAACGUGAAUCUGAUGAACGUGCAUUGAAACGUGUUGAUACACACAUAGAAAGCCCUGCAAGCACAAAAGAUGUUCUAGCAACUGUCAAGUUUGGGAACCCUUCAGCUGUCAAUAAACCGAUAAAACAUUGUGUAAAUGAGCCAUCCACAUCGAACAAAAGCGAUGGUGAACAAGGCGAUGCACUAGCUACGCACGAAAAUCUUGCUAAAGAAAAUAAAGGUACCAGCCCAAGUCAAAGCGAGAAUGGGAAUAAAGUCAAUCAGUCAGAGGCUGGAGAAAAGGUGACGUCUGAUUCAAAUAAAACCGAUCGUAAUCAGAUCGAUAAAACAGCUACUGAAAAAAACACUUCCAGAAACAAUGCAAAUAUCAACACCACUCAAAUCGAGAAUGAGAAUAAGGAAAACCAUUUAGAGCCUGGCGAAAAGAAGACAUCUGAUUCAAAUAAAACCGAUGAAGCAGCUACCAAUGAUAAACCUCCCACAGCCAAUGCAAAUAUCGACACGACCCAAAGCGAAAAUGGGGCUCAGGACAAACGGUUAGAGCCUGCCGAUAAGGAUUCAUCUACAUCUAAGUCAACUGAUGGAAAACAUGCCGACGAAAAAGUUACUCAUCAAAAACAACAUUCUAUCAUUGAAAGUAAAAACUCAAUUCAAAGCGAGAAUGGGGCAAAGAAAUACCAGCUAGAGUCUGGCGAAAGGGAAUCAUCUACAUCAAACAAAACCAAAGGUGAACAUACCGAUGAAACACCUUCUGACGAAAAAUCUACUUCAGAAAAUAAAAGUACCAACUCAGUUCAAAGCAAGAAUGUGGUUAAGGACAAUCAGCUGGAACCUGGUGAAAACGAGUCAUUUGCACCAAACAACACUGAUGGUGAAAAGAACGCUGACUCAAUUCCUGAUGAAAAAAACCCGACUGACAAUGCAAAUUUUAAUUGUAUGGAAAACAAGAAGGAGGAUAACAUGUCAGUGCUUUGUGAUAAAAAUAAAUCUACGUCAAACAAAAGCGAUGAUGAACUGGGCGAUAAAGCAGAUACAAAACAUCUUUUAGAAAAUGAAAUUAUCAACCUUCUUCAAACUAAGAGCGAAGAUGGUGAAAACAAAAUUUACACGUCAACGAUUAAGCACGACUUGUGUUUUCUUGGAGUAUGUGUGGUAGAGGUGGACUCUAAACAUCGUGAAGGCAAAGACGAGGAAGUUGUUACAGAUACCACAACUGCUAACACGGAACAAGAAGACACAGCCUAUAUGGAGAUGGAAAAAGGAGACGGAGCGUUUGGCAAAAGUGCAGUCAUUCAAAACAAUGGACACAAUGAACAGAAACACACCAAAAAAGAGGCAGAGGAGGAAGGCAAAGACGGGGUAGUUGAUAAAGAUACCACACCUGCCAACACUGAACAAGAAGACGCAGACUACAUUGAGAAGGUAGAGUAUGAAGAGAGAAGUGAAAUCAUACAAAUUAAAUUUGAUGAGCUAGCCACAGCACAAAAGCAGUAUAUCGAGGACAUCAGGCGCAGGGUACAGUCGGACUUGGCGGAACAAGUGAUAAUGGCGAUAUGUAACGCUGUGCUUGAAGAGAUGGGUCCAAACCAAGCCGACGAAAUACGUAAUUACAUCUCGAAAUGUUCUCUGUUUUGCUGGACUGCCCGUUUGCACAACCCGCCCGUCUACGUCGAUUUCAUGGAGGUUACAGAAAACAUGCGUUUUGACAUGAGCGUAUACAAGCCGUACACAAAGACAGGACCUCUCGUAGAUUACAUCGUCUGGCCUCCAAUUUAUCUACAUAAAGGUGGACCUAUGCUUUCCAAAGGUGUUGCAGAAGGGAAGAAGAAUAAUUAAAAGGACGUUCAGACGUUUGUUUUCUUUCUAUUUUAUUCAGAAACCUUUUUACACUUGAAGUACAUGUUUGCAAAGGUAAUUUGAAGUCUACCCAUACGUUCAAUUUUAUUUUAUAUAGGAAGGUACAUGUACUCGUUCACCCGUAUUAUUCACAUACAUUUAGAUGCAUAUUGUAUACGACUUGAACCUUGUAUCGCAAAAAUCAUAAUUUAUUUUGUUUCAAGUUCGCGUACAUGGAAAAUAUUUAUAUCUUCACAUAUUGAUUGAUAAAAACCUUUUUUCUCUAAUAACAUAACUCGUAAUAACUCAAAUUUAUAGUAUAUCCGUAUGUGUUUUACUUUUUCUGCGAACUUAAACAUGAUCCUGCGAAACUACUGAAAUUGAAUAUAGUUUGUGCGUCCGAGAUUUCUUCCUUUCAUAUUGUAACCAGAGCCACUUUUACUCUUUCUUCUGUGUUAUAAUCAUCAACCUUGUCUUUAUUUCAUGCUUUCUGGUGUUUAAAGAGAUAUAUCAGUGAAAUAAAAUUGUUGCUGUUUCA